CAGUUAAUAUUCGCUCUGACAUCGAUAACUUGGACAAUUAUAUUGGUGCGUUUGAAGAGGGAGGCAGCAUUGCGUAGUUACGGGAGCAGAGUGCGAGGCUACUCCCGUUAUUCCAUUCUUUCUCACUUGCCGUAAGGAAUCAUUUCAGGGAAAGCAUGGAAGUUUGCAAGGGACGAUUGCUGGGCAUUUCGGUUGCUGUUGCGCACGGAGUUUUCUCGGGAUCUCUAAACAUUUUGUUAAAAUUUCUAAUUUCGACUUAUAACUUCAACUACCUCACUCUUAUUCAGUGCCUGACUAGCAUCACUGCGGCGCUCACCUUGGAAAUCCUCAGAAGACUGGGAAAGAUAGAUAUCCCCCCAUACAGUUUAAAUUUAGCCAAAGUUUUCGCAAGUGUAUGCAUCCUUUCCACGCUGCAGUCAACUCUAACCCUGUGGUCGCUGCGAGGGCUCAGUUUACCGAUGUAUGUGGUUUUUAAGCGGUGUCUACCUUUGGUCACUUUGAGUAUUGGGGUCUGCAUUUUGAAGAAUGGAAUUCCGUCCUUUGGAGUAGCAUCAGCGGUGGUCAUCACAACCGUCGGUGCAGCUUUAGCUGGGGCGGGGGAUCUGACGGGCGACCCUUUCGGGUACGUGACGGGAGUUCUCGCCGUGAUCAUCCACGCCUCCUACCUGGUGCUCAUCCAGAAGGUGAGCUCGGACAGCGACCACGGGCCGCUGACGGCCCAGUACGCCAUUGCGAUCACGGCCUCGCCCGUGCUGCUGGUGUGCGCCUUCAUCAGCAUGGACAUCGUGGACGUGUGGUCCUUCCCCGGCUGGAGCAACCCCGCGGUCCCCAGCAUCUUCACCACCUGCAUCGUCAUCGGCUGCGCCAUGAACUUCACCACGCUCCACUGCACCUACAUCAACUCGGCCGUCACCACCAGCUUUGUGGGGGUGGUCAAGAGCAUAGCCACCAUCACCGUGGGCAUGCUGGCCUUCGAGGACGUGAAGCCCACCCGUCUCUUCAUCGGCGGGGUGGUGGUGAACACCGUAGGCUCGGUCACUUACUGUGUGGUGAAGUACUUUGAGACCAUGAGGAAGAGCAAAUACCAGGACCUGGAGGAGGCCAGCAAGGACGAGCAGUUGCCUGGAGAACCUUACGCAGAGGAGAAAAUGCCAAACGGAGAUGUUGAGGUCGUGCCAAACGGAGGGUUGGUGGGCCCCGUGGAAGCAAACGACAGCACGGAGUCUACCGUACAAGAAAGUGGUGUGAUGGAGUCUGUUGAAUUACAAAAACAAGCCAACCCAGCGGAGAGUGGGGCUGGCAACACAUCUUUGAGUGACAAUUACGUAGGAGUGUGGAGGUCUGUUCGGAGCCUUAAGGUUUUUAAAAAGGACACUUUAAUCGAUAACGAGGAGGUACAAAGUCCUUGAUAGCGAAUCCUUCUGUUGAGGGGAGUGCAUGUCAUGUUGUUGUUAUUUUUGAAUGACUAGUAUGAACUUACAUGAACACUGAAAAUAAAGUUUUUGGUGUUGCUGACAUUUUUUUCAUACACACCGUUCAAAGAAAAACUAUUUCUUAAACAGGAAGUAUUUUUAAAUAGUUUGGUUCUUUGUACAGAUUGGAUGAAAUAUGACUAUUUCUGUAUGUAUAUGGGGGAACCAUAAGUAUGCUUUCUAUUACUGAAUGAUCAGUUACAAUAGCAUACUGAUGAAAUCAAAUUAGCAAAAUACAUUCAAUAAAAUUCAAUGCAAUCAAGCAAAAUAUGGUACAAAAAAAUCUCUACAUGGAAAAAUUAAUUGAAGAGUGCCAUCUCCUAAAAUGUUUUCUUGAGACAGAUAAUAGUUUAAAUAGGAUAUGAAAAACCACGUGGUCAUGAAACAGGUAGACAUUUUUUAUGAAUUUGUUCUUGCACGUUUACUUGUACCGUACAUGCCUGUUCAGAUUAUGUGUGCAAUGUGUUGAUAAGUGAAGAGCCAUACUUACUCAAGUGUGCAUGUAUGAUGGCAAGUAAAUUGAAAUGAGUUUUAUAUGAAGAAUGA